AUGAGUGUGAAAGGAUUUUUUAAAAGUGUAUUAAAUCCUGAUGCGAAAGUUGGAGAACAAGAAGAAGAAACUGGGACCACCGGGGCCACAUCAACAACAACUUCAUUGUCUAGUUCAGCUACAGCUGGAGUAAAUAAUUUUCUAUCUGGUACAUCCAAAUUUCUUGAUUCUGUUCAAACAAAAAAGAAUGGUUUAAUUAAUGAUUUAUCGAAUAAACUAACGUCAUUGAAAAUGCCCGGCGAACAGUCGACCAAUGAGAGUGCAAAGAAAAAGAAAUCUAGGAGUAAUGUUGAUGAUGAUGACAGUUCAGCCAGUGAAUAUGGAGAUGAUGGUGAUUGUCCAAUGUAUGCAGAAGUAGCCCCAGUAGAACGUCAAGUAUCAGUUGAAAGUAUAGACAGUUUGCCAGAUGAAGAUGCUGAACGACGUAAAUCGGAAAUUCGUGCCUUAGUUUCGGAUUUACUUCAACAAAGCUUGAUCAAUGAGAAAAUGGUGAAGAAUUUCAGAGAUUUCAUUGUGAGGCAUAGUGGUCGUUCAAGAUUUGCCAAAGAACUAAAAUCUCAAACAAAGGGUAUGAAAUGUAUACCUAAUCAACUUCUGGAACAAUUGGCUUUAUUCAUUGGUCCAUUAUUAAAUCAAUGUAGUGAAAAUGAAGAUUAUGCUCCAGCUUAUAUCAUUAUGCAUUUAAGUUUCUCAUUAUACCAUGAAACUGUCUCUUCAAAUGGUACCGCUGAGCAAAAAUAUCUUUAUGUAUUAUUGAAAGAUCAAGUGAUUUGGCAGUCAAUGAGGUUCUGGAAUGCUGCCUUUUUCAUCGCUUUGCAACGUGAACGGGCUGAACGUCAAAGAUAUCCAGUCAUUGAAGGCGAUGAUCCAAUCCAAGCGGAAACUGACUUUCAAAACGACAUUGCAUAUUCACAGUUAAGCAAAUUUCUAUGGCGUAUGUAUACUUUAGGAAUGGGACAAGAAUUAUGUAUGGACUUUUUACGUAAACAAGCCAGUGCAACCAAUUUACCGAAUGAUCUAGUCAAAAUAAUUCAAAAAAAUUCUCAACACUUCUUUGAAACCACCAGCCCCAAUGAAGUGCCACAAUGA